GAAAGAACCGAUUCGCGGGAAUGUGUGAGGUCAGUUUGUUGCCCUCUAGUGUCUUGUGGCGCUGUAGCAGUUGUGCUUCCGCCAGCCAGCUCAUCUUGGAGCGGUGCUCCGAGGGUAUAGCUACAAUGAUACUUAUACUUCUAAUUUAUUGUACGUCCUUAGGUACCGCUUUUGAGAUUAAGUCUAUUUUUUGUUCAAUAUCUGACAGCUGCUACUGUGACUACAAACCAGACAUAAAAGGUUUAGAGUGGGACCUUUAUAAAAACCUUUAUGGUCAACAUGUGGCCCAGGAUAUUGUCUCGGAAGCAGUGGUGAAUUUUUUACAGGAUGAAAACCCUGACAGACCACUAGUGCUGUCUUUCCACGGAGCAUCUGGGACUGGAAAAAGUCUGGUCAGCUCUAUGAUAGGACGACACAUCUACGGAACAGCGAUGGGCAGUCCAUACAUCCAUCAGUUUGUUCCCACCUUACACUUUCCCUCGACUGACAGGGUGCAGCAGUACAGGUCAGAUCUAAAACGUUGGGUCGAGGGAAACCUCACAGCUUGUGCUCGCUCAAUCUUCAUCUUCGAUGAGAUGGAGAAAAUGCCUCCUGGGGUGAUCGAUGUUUUAGAACCACAUUUAGGCCCCUUUCAUGUUCUGUUCCAGACAAACUACCAUAAAGCGAUUUAUAUAUUUAUCAGUACUGUAGGGCAGGAGGUAAUUAACAGAGUAGCGCUGGAGAGCCGCCAGGCAGGUAGAGAUCGAGAGGACAUUCUCCCGAAAGAGCUGGAGGACAGUGUUGCUGAUGCGGUGUACAACAACAAGAACAGUGGGUUCUACCACUCCAGAGUAAUUACAGAAAAGCUUAUCACACGUUUUGUGCCUUUCCUCCCCUUGCUGCGGCGCCACGUGGAGCGCUGUGCCCAGCGGGAGCUCUGUCAGCGUGGGGAGUGUCAGCGGGUAGAUGUGGCAUCAGCGGUAGGGGGCGCCAUGACUUACACACCAAAUGACAGCCAAUACUUCUCCAGCACUGGCUGCAAAUUGGUCCCGGCUAAAGUUAACUUUUUCCUUUGAGGAUUCAAGUGAAAUCCCUUUAGGAUCUUAACAGCAACUCCGAGCACAGAGCCUCUGAUGAUGGAGCUACAGAGUAAAGUCAAAAAACAUUCUCUUAUUUGUAUGUUUCAUCCAUGUGGAUGAGGUCUGAUGAACAGUGAGCAGAAUUUGAUAACUUAGCUCUGGUUUUACCAUUUUUUAUCCAGCAUGGAUCAAGCCUGUUGCUAGUUAAUUAAAGGACAGAUUCAGAGAGCUGUGUGACCACUGAAACAGCCUACAACACACAGUUUCAGUGUGCAGUUAACUACAAAUCAAAUGCUCUCAGAACUUCAGGAAUUAUUUAUUUCAUCAUGGGAUAUUCAUUUAACUAUGAAACUAAGUGCUGUAUUUCUUAUGCUGACCACAGGGGGGCAGCAGUGCCUACUUGAAGCAAGGGUUUUUUUGUCCCACAAUACCACUGUAGUUUUUUUAUCAUAUUAAAUUUGUAAAUAAUGUAUAAUAGCUUUCUUUUAGUAUUUAAAUAGUUAACCAGAUAAAUCAGAAAGUU